AAAAUUUUCAGUGUUUGUAUACAUGAACGCAAAAAUUAUAAAUCGCGUACAAAUUCAAAAGGUGUCAUUAAAUCCCACCUUGAUGUUGCGAUGACAGCUUCUUCGCAAGGCUCUUCUUUGAAUAACUUUAACACUCAGAGAUCAAAUACAAAUUCAGAUAAAGAAAGAAUUAGUAAUAUCACUCGUCAAACGUCUUUUAACGCCUAUCCUCUUGAAUGUUCACAAAAUCUAAUUAACCCUACCAACGAAGUAAUAUACAUGCCAGUAAAUCCUACAAAUGUUCCUUUAUCAUUUCAGCCAGCAAGCAUUUCAGGCGAAACACAGAAUGAACUUCCACAAAGUUACAGUCAUCCCAUUUGUCAUGGAUUCAUUUUCCCAAACUCAUUAGACGGUAUAAAUAAUUUUGACGUGGUUCAAGCAAACAUCCAGAAUGUUCAGCAGAGACCAGCGCACUCCUCUAAUAAUAUUAAAAAUCCGCUCCAGAGCCUGCAACUCGGAGAUAUGGAUUUCAAUGCUCAAAGGCACUUUUAUCUGCUGCUGCUUCAAGAGCUGAUUGGAUUGCAAUUAUCAGAACAUUAUAAUACUGUCAAAGACACCAUUCCACUGCAAAGUCAGUCGAACAUUCAGUCUCAAAAUCAAGAACCGCUCCCAUGCAAUAUUCAAAAUUUUGGCUUAAAUGAGCAUCCUAAUCAAAACUGGGCUGUAAAUAGUGAACACUCAGAUAUGUCUACAUUUCUAGUACCAGUUGAAGCCAAGUUUGAAGGAGAAAGUGGUCUUUCGUUACAUAUAACUCCAAGAGAUGACAGUAGUAAUACUAGCCAAAAAGGUUCCGUUACUGUAGAAUGUCCAGGUCAGCCUAUUGUGCUAUACCCGUAUACUGUUCAACAUGAUGUUCCACAAGAAGAAACAUCUCCCGUUAGUCAAUCAAUUAAUGACUCGUAUGCAAGUGGUCCAACUGCGCAGGCACUAACGAUAAAAGAUAUUCAUCAAUGUGUGCGGAGAGGCUCCUUGGAAUUUCCUCCAGAACCAGGCAAUGUUAUAGUUGAAAAUAUGCGGGGUCAUACGAGACCUGGAUUUGUGUUACUGAGUGUGAGACAUGAAAAAAUAAAUUCAGAAAAUAAAAACUCACCAACUGCAGAUUGUGGCUGUGAAGAAUCAGCUUCUCCUUCUAAUUUAACACCAGUCACUCCGGAAGUGAAAUUAAAGAAACCUUCUAAAAAGCGAUUCAAGCAUACAAAAGGUGAGGCGGAUCUAAAAAGACGCUCUGUAGGACGUUUGUCCAAAUCCGUAAUGAAAAAUAUGAAGGAUGAAAACAUAUCUCAGUGUACAGUAGAACUGACGGAAGAGGAUCUAAAGGCGUUAUCUUCUCAGUCAAGAUUUCGAGUGACUAGGUUUGCGGAUAAGAAGCAAGCAUGGAUAGCUCCAUCAAAUGCAGGUUGUUUAGUUGUACACGAUCUAUGGACUAGUAAACUCCCAGAAUAUGUGUUGAAGUGUGCCAAGCAUUUGAAGCAUCCAGGUCCUGAUUUAUUAGUACAAAAAUGUGAAUAUAAUGAAGUAUUUAAAACCAUGCGGUGUGUUGUCGAUGGACGUUGUGAAGCUUGUCAGAAGUUACCUCCUAAACCUUGUAAUUGCUGCAUGGAUUUGAAAACUGUUCAAUGAAAUCAGUGUCUACCUCUAAUGUCAAUUAACACUACUGUCCAUAAUCAAAGAAGCUGUUCUUUGUGGAAAUUCCACAUGCUCAAGUAAUGCACACUAUUAUCAGCUGUACACAUGCCAAAUAGAAAAAAAACAUGCCUCUGUACAAAAAUUGAAAUCAAAAGAUACUGUGUAACUUUAAGCUUUCCUGUUGGACAAUCGUUUCAGUUAUCAGGAAAAUAUUUGUACACAUUGUUUUUAAUGUAAAUUAAGUAUCUUUUUACACUUUCUUCAACUGUUGACAAACUCACACUUCACAUGCAAAUUCACAGAAACAAUAAAAUAGAGUCAUGCAAAUGAAAACACAGAUCAGGUGGAAUCAAUAUGCACAUAUUUCUACUGGUACACUUACUUCUACGAACACUGUCAAUACUUUUAACAAUGAUGAUGUAUUUAAACUCCCGUAUUUUUUUAUCUUAUCAGAAUUAUUUUCAUUAGUUCUUAUUUGACCUAUUCUUAAUUUCUUUUCUGUAAAAAAAUUUAUUUACUUGAAUGCUUUUAUAAAUAAAAAAAUAGAUUUUCA